GGCUCCCGCGGGCCGGGGAGGUGGGGCCCUGCGCCCCGCGCUUCCUCUGCUCCGGCUUCCGCGUCGCACCCGGGGUGCUGGGUGCCGAAAGGGGAGCUGGAGUCUCCGUGGACGGCAGAGCCCGAACCGGUGCUGGGGGUCGGAGUCAAGGCAGCGACCUGGGCUGAGGCGGCUGGCGCUGCGUCCCUGCGAGAUGGACGGGACGGAAGACAUUGCCGGGCAGCCCGGCCCCGCUGAGCGGUCCCAUCGAAGCAGCGUGUCCUCCGUGGGAGCCCGAGCACCGGACGUGCUGGUGUAUUUGGCGGAUGACACGGUGGUGCCCCUGGCCGCGGAGAACCUGCCGUCCCUCAGUGCCCACGAGCUGCACCGCGCCAUCCGCGAGGUCCUGCAGCUCCCAGACGUCGCCAUGGACAUCUUCGCGCUCUGGCUUGUCUCCCCUCUGCUGGAGGUGCAGCUGAAGCCCAAGCACCAGCCCUACAAGCUGGGCCGCCAGUGGCCAGAGCUGCUGCUGCGCUUCACCGACGCGCCAGACGAUGACGUGGCCACAGACGAGCCCUCCCUGCAGUUCCGAAGGAACGUGUUUUUCCCAAAGCGGCGGGAGCUCCAGAUCCACGACGAGGAGGUCCUGCGGCUGCUCUACGAGGAGGCCAAGGGCAACGUGCUGGCGGCACGGUACCCAUGCGACGUGGAGGACUGCGAGGCCCUGGGCGCGCUGGUGUGCCGCGUGCAGCUUGGGCCCUUCCGGCCUGGCCAGCCCACGGCCUGCACCCUGAGGGAGCAGCUGGACUCCUUCCUCCCUGCCCACCUGUGUAGGCGGGGCCACGGGCUCUUUGCUGCCCUCCGGGGCCGCGGGGCCAAGGCCGGGGCCAGCGAGCAGGGCCUGCUCAACGCCUACCGCAAGGUGCAGGAAGUGGCCGGCGGCGAUGGCGAGCCCGAGGCUCCCCUGAGGACCCACUACCACGCCUACCUCCACAAGUGCCACGAGCUGCCCUACUACGGGUGUGCCUUCUUCCACGGCGAGGUGGACAAGCCGGCCCAGGGCUUUCUGCACCGCGGCGGGCGGAAGCCGGUGACCGUGGCCAUCAGCCUGGAGGGUGUGCAUGUCAUCGACAACAGGGAGAAGCACGUGCUGCUGGGCCUGCGUUUCCAGGAGCUGUCCUGGGACCACACGUCGCCCGAGGAGGAGGAGUCUGUGCUGUGGCUGGAAUUCGACGGGGACCAUGAAGGCACACCGGUGAACAAGCUCCUCAAGGUCUACUCCAAGCAGGCUGAACUGAUGAGCAGCCUCAUCGAGUACUGCAUUGAGCUGAACCAGGCCUCAGAGCCCGACGCCCCCCAGGACAGCGGGACUGGCCCCUCCUCCGCCCCUGGCUCCUCGCCCCCUCCCAGCCAGCGCCCCCAGCUGCAGAGACAAGGCAGCGUGGUGUGCAGCCGGAUCCAGCACCUCUCCACCAUUGACUACGUGGAGGAGGGUGAGCAGAUCAAGCGGGUGAAACCGAAGCGCACCACGUCCUUCUUCAGCCGGCAGCUCUCCUCAGGCCACGGGAGCUACACCGUGGUGCGGCCGGCCGAGAGCCUGGAGCAGAGCUGAGGCGGGCGGCGCUGCGGCCGCGGAGGGCACAGGGAGGGGCGGGCCGGGGGUCAAGUCCGGGAGGAAGGCUGCCUUGCAGCCCAGAGGAGCGUCCUCUCUGCCGGGCGGACAGUGCGGGGGCUGGGCUGCGCCUGCCGCUCAGGGAUCCCCUAUGGCCCCUCUCGCAGCCUGCACUCCGGCCCCGCCGCCAUCUCAGGACCAUGUGAUCAGGCCCCGGCCUCCCCCUUUCGCCCAGGGACACGCCCUGGUGCCCCUCAGGAUGGACAGCGCCCCCUGUUCUGUCGCCCACACUGGCAGCCCCCAUGGCGGGUGACCGAGGAACAGGGCUUGGGACCCGCCCAGUGUGCGUCCCUGGUGUAUUCCCUGGACCUUAGCGACCACAUCCCCGCACUCCUCCAGCCCGCAUUCCAGCCACGCGGCCAGGCGGGCCGUCGCUGCAGGGAUGGGGCAGGGCCUGGGGGGGUGGGGACCCUUGGCAGGAAGAGAAGGAGGGGCCCUCCGGCGCCUCCCCGGCCGGCUGGGGCUGGGGGCGCAGCUCAGCGGGCACCCGGGCCCCUCGCUCAGGCCUCUCUCGCAGGCAGGAGACACUGGCCAGUAGGAAAGCGCCUUUUUUCUAGCUUUUGAUGAUGUCUCUGAACUUGGAGGUGGCCGUUCUGGGGACCAGCAGGCCCACCGGACCUUCCCUCCGCACUCAGAAAAGCUCUUCGUGGGCUUCCGGUGUCGGUUUUGUUUUCUUCUCAUCUGCUUUGGUUCCACGAACCCCGUGAACUCUGGAGCACUCACGAGAACCCCACAACCUUAGAGCUUCCGGCUCCCCAUCAGGUGGCGCUGUGCUCUCGUCCUGGCCCGAGCCCGCGGGCCGCCCGUGCUAGGGAAGUCCCACCCGCCAGCCCCUCUGGUCUGGGAUCUGGGGAACCGGUGACAGCGCGGGAAUGCAGCGCUGGGCAUGGCUCCUCUGUGCUGGGAAAGCGGCAGCACCGUGCCGUGCCUCCCCCUGGAGGCCAGGGCCCGCCCUCUGCCUUCCACGACGUCUGGACGCUCCAGAUGUUCGGACACGGGCCGCCCUCUGGCAGCAGGGGCUUUGUUAUUUGUCAUAAUAAAUAAGUGUCCCAGCCAAGGACAUCUUGUCUCUCCUUCGGAGUGACUCACCUACCUGGCUCCCCGCCCGCAGUCCCCUCCGCCCACUCUCUCACUGUUCUGACGCCAAGUGAGUUCUUAUCUGCUGGGCCCGCGGGGGCCUGCAGGGUGCGGCUGGCGGGCGUGUGCGCGCACAAAUUACUUGUUUGUGCCCUUGUCUUCCUCAUCUUUUCUAAGCGUCCAAUUGUGCCUUAAUCUUCCCUGCCUGUCCCGUGGGACAAAACAGCCUUUUACUGAAUGUCCUUUGAAUGUCCUCAUUCUUUUGUACCAUGUGACUUAAUAAAAUCCGUUUCCAGCAAUGUUGGGGUAGUUUACGAUAUGAAAUAAAA